GUUCGACAGUACUUGGCGACGCCAGGGGCAAGCGGUUUCGUCUAAUAAAACAUUCUUGCGGUUGUCACAGAGCCACUUUUGCUCGGGGAAGAUGUUUUCGAUGCGGGGCGCAUAUAGGUUGUACUUUUUUUUAUCAGAUCCGGCCGCCAGUUUCAAGUGGCGACUCUACAGCGCCCUGUGACAGGAGUACCGUGUGAAAAGUUUCAAUUGGACGAACAAUUAAUUCGCUGAAUCGCGGUGGGACGAAACAAAAGGGUAACGUGAAAAAAGAGCCGAUUUGACUUCACACUAAUCACACUUCCCGACUUCCCGUGCGAUGAUUCAAAGGUGGAUUGAGAAACUUUGGUAUCGGAGCACAAUGAUGGGAUAACCUAUUGUAGAUUAUAACCUAUUAUACAUUGUUAUCAAGUCCAUCUGGUGGAGCGACAUCAAAAUCCCGGCACAUUGUUGUCAAUUAUUUUGUUGACAGUCUCACUCGGAUUCUGUAUGUAAUCUUUUAAUGAAAGAAACGAGACUGCAACGAUGUCGAGACCUCCGGACCCGAAAUUUCUGUUGCGCGGCGACAUGGAUGAAAACGUGCACAGUUUGUUGUUCUCGAUCAAUUCUGACGUCGAGCAUCUCUAUGCCGGCGAUGGAAACGGCACAGUUCACAUUUGGGAUUUAAAGACGAACAGGAUAAAAUAUCAGUUAUCGGACGGAUCUAGUCCGUGUUUUAAUUUACACACAACUGACGAGACCGACUUGGUAGUGCAGCGAAGGCACGGAGUGAUUGACGUGUACAAAAUGAAUGAAUCGAACUGGGUACUAGAUAGAAGCACCAAUUAUGAAUACUGCAGUUUUUGCAGAUCUCAAUUAUUGCCCGAGAAGGACGCCCUACUGAUUCCACUUGAUUGCUCCGUGGUUGGGACAUUAUCACUGAAAACAUUCGAAGUGGUAUCGACGUUAGAUCCAUCCAAAUUGCCCUAUAGCAAUAAAUUGGGUAUGGUAAUGGCGAUGAAGCCGUUGGCGGACGUGAACGGCUUGACUCUGGUUGCUUACGAGGGUGGGCAAUUAUUGUUGUGGGACGCGAGAAAGAACGAUGUCCUCAGCUCCCUACCUGUGGAACAUUAUCCAAUGGCUUUCGAUUUUGACGCUUCCCUGAUGCGAGGCGUUCUUGGUAGCGCGUCGGAGAAAUUGGAGAUUUUCGAAAUGUCGCACAAUCAUACUUUGUCCCACAAAUCUACGAAGCUCUUGGAGCACGUGUCUGGCAUAUCCGUUCUGUCUGUUAGACCGGAUAAGAAGAUUGUCACAGCCGGCUGUUGGGACGGACGUAUGAUGUUGUUCUCUUGGAAGAAGCUACGGCCACUCGCGAUAUUGAAAGAACACGGAGCAAGUGUAUACGACAUUGUUUAUUCGCAGUGUAAAGUCGAGGCUUACGAUGCCAAGUGUUUAAUGGCAGCGGCUGGCAAAGACGGAUUUAUAUCUAUGUGGGAUAUAUACAAUUAGGAAAAUCACAAAUGUGUUCGUGUACAUUUUGUAAAUAUACCAAGAGAAAUAUAUAUAUAAGUAUUUGUA